CCCGCCCGCAUCCCGGAAGGGCUCCUCGUUCCCACAGUCCCUUGCGCGCUCCUUUCCGGCCUGUACCCGGGCAGGCGUUGCUCAGAUGGCUCCUGCAAAGAAAGGUGGCGAGAAGAAGAAAGGACGCUCUGCCAUCAAUGAGGUGGUAACUAGGGAAUAUACCAUCAACAUUCACAAGCGGAUCCAUGGCGUGGGCUUCAAGAAACGAGCACCGCGUGCUCUCAAGGAAAUCCGUAAAUUUGCGAUGAAAGAAAUGGGUACUCCUGAUGUUCGCAUUGACACCAGAUUGAACAAAGCAGUCUGGGCUAAAGGAAUAAGGAAUGUUCCUUACCGUAUCCGUGUACGUUUGUCCAGAAAGCGCAAUGAGGAUGAAGAUUCACCAAACAAGCUAUACACACUGGUUACCUAUGUACCAGUCACAACUUUUAAAGGUCUACAGACAGUCAAUGUGGAUGAAAAUUAAACUGAUUUUCAUUACAAUAAAAGGAUAAAAAGAAAGUUUA